AUGUUUCCGCAGAAUUCUUCAAAAUAUAGACUGUUUGAAGACAGAAUCAAUGGAAAGCUGCUAACUGUUCAUUCCAUGGUCUAUGGAAUUAUAGAAAUUCUGAAUCGAACGUUGAUUGAGACAGAAAUCAUUAUGAGGAAUCCGCUGAUACCUGAGAUCUUAUCAUUGUUUCAUGCACCACAGGCUUCAUUAACGAUGUUCAAGUGGGGACAUUACAAUUUCAGGGAAACUUAUAUAGAGGACUUAACUAAUCACUCCGCAUCCUCAAUAAAAGUUUAG